CCUCCCUCCCCAUCUCGGGCGGCCGGAGCCGAGCCCCGGCCCCGGGCCUGAAAAACCGUCCCGUCGCCGCCAUGUUCCAGGCCGCGGGGGCCGCCGCCACCCCCGUCUCCCACGAGGCUAAGGGCGGCCCAAGCGGCGGCAGCACGGUCCAGCGGUCCAAGUCGUUCAGCCUGCGGGCCCAGGUGAAGGAGACCUGCGCCGCCUGCCAGAAGACCGUCUACCCCGUGGAGCGGCUCGUGGCCGACAAGUUCGUCUUCCACGCCUCCUGCUUCUGCUGCAAGCACUGCCGGACCAAGCUCAGCCUGGGCAGCUACGCGGCCCUGCACGGAGAAUUCUACUGCAAGCCGCACUUCCAGCAACUCUUCAAGAGCAGAGGCAACUACGACGAGGGCUUCGGCCGCAAGCAGCACAAGGAGCUCUGGGCCCGCAAGGAGCCGGACGGCGGCGACGCCAAGACGGCCUGAGCGCCCCCCCCCCCCCUCCCGCCCCGUCCCGCUCCAGCCCUCGGGCCCCAGGGUGGGGGUGGGCGGGAGGCCUGGAGGGUGGCCGGUCGGGCGGGGGAGAGGGUCAAGCUGUUCAAAACUCAGGCUGCGCGGCCCCGGGCUUGCCCGGGGCGAAAGGGUUCCCGCCUGCCCCACUGGGAUUCCUCAGGUCCGUCCGGAUGCCCCUUUCAGGGGCGGGUCCCGGAUUUAGGCUCCUCCCUCCCCUCCCCAAAGGUGCCUUCUCUCCAACCGGGAGCCAGUCCGCCCUCCUCCCUCCCUCCCUCCCCCCCGCUCCCCUCGCCCCCUUCUCCCCCGGCCCCGCCACCGGCCGCUGCCAUCUACCUCCGCCCGCCAGCGGGCUGUGGACCGGGGAGGCCGGGAGGGGCUCCGGCUCCACCUCCUGGGGUGGAUUUUACAGCCGGCGGGGGCACGGCCGGACCCCGCCGGACCGGGCCGGAGCCGGGGAGCGCGGAAGCCCCCCCGAAGCCUUGGGGAAGCUCGAGGGCCGGUAGCCGUAAACGCCGGCCCGAGGGCUAGAGGCGGGUGGCACCCGAGCAUCCCCGCCCCGCCUCCGCCCGCGUGGUGCCCGUCGUCGUGACCGUCGUGGCCUGUUUUAACAAAACACAUUCCCGAACUCC